GAAAAAAAGCAAUAACAAUUAGCCAAUCGUUUUUCAGUUCAUUUUUAAUGUUGUCACGGAAGCUAGUUCUUAGGUGCGCGUGCACAUGCCAUUUAAAUGAUCUGCAUGCCUACGUUUAGACUGGCCAGUCUGUUUCCAAGUAGGCUAUCGCUUGAUAUUUCUUGAUAUUUUCUUGAUGGCUAGUGCUCAAGACCUCCCACAAGUUUUUUUUAGCGAACUGUGUGGAAUCAUAGACAGUUUACACUCUCAAUUGGAAUGGAACACAGGGGACCUAGAUUACAUACAUAGACGCAUCGAGGAGCUUCUCCACAUUUUGUCCAGAUUCACAGAAAACUCGGUUAUACCCAAUGGGCAGGCUGUGUUGGAGAACCUUGUGGGCGCCUUGCAGAUUUUGCAAUGUAGCCAAACUGUUAGUAUCAAUGGAUAUCGACCACCAGUUAUUUUGACGGGACAGAAUGGACGACCAGCGUUUGACAUAUCAAAAGAGCAACUGGAGUAUUUCCUAGAUUUUGAUUUUACGGUUCCUGAGAUUUCUCGAUUACUUGAUGUCAGCGUGCGAACAAUUAGACGUCGUAUGAGUGACUUUGGGCUGUCCACAGGGCAAACCUACACGGACAUCACUAAUUUAAGGAGCAUAAUAUCCGGCUAUCUGGCCACUACUCCAAAUUCUGGCUACAGAAUUGUGUAUGGAUUUUUACGCAGCUCAGGAAUCAGGGUUUCACAGUUAAGGGUUAGGGAGACCCUUAGAGCUUUGGAUCCAAUUGCCAGUGCUAUUCGUGGCCUUCAGGUGUUGCUGAUCCCAAGAAGGCCGUAUUCUGUGCCCUCUCCAUUAUCGCUCUGGCACAUCGAUGGCAAUCACAAACUUGUAAGCAUUCAUACACUUCCACCUGUGUUCAAUAAACAUAUCAAACCAGAACCGAACUAUUUCAAUAGCUCUAGACAACAAUGGAGAAUUAUUAUUCACGGAGGCAUCGAUGGAUACAGUAGGAAGAUCAUGUAUAUGCAAGCCAAUACAGACAACAAAGCCACAACUGUCUUCCAGUGUUUUAUGACUGCAGUCAACACUUUGGAUUGCCACCGCGCAAUGGCGACAAAGGUGGAGAAAAUGUAG